AUUUAGCAGCUGCAUUUAUUUCAACGCCAUGGGCUAUUGGUCGGAAUUAAAAGCCUGGCUGUUAAAGGAUCCAGCUAAAAUUAUUCGUUAUUUAGUUUUAUUCGUGUGUUGUGUUAUUGUUAUUGUGCAGUUAUAUGAAUGUUUCUCAAAACUGGAUAAUCCACCGAUAUCAACGCAUUCAUAUUACAAUUUAAAUGAAACAAUUGAAAUGCCGGCGGUCACUAUAUGUCGAGAUCCUCCCUAUAAAACGGAUGAAUUGAGUAACAUAUCCGGUAAUACUUGUAUACAUCCGAAAUAUAGCAGCUGUUGGUCUAAUUACCCAUAUGAGGAUGUUGAAUUAGUGGAUUUUUUUACAAAUUCAACAUACAAUGUCACGGAAACAUUUUCGGAAUGCCAAUAUGGUUUAAAUGGAUUGAUAAGUAAUGUGGAAGUCACCAGUAGUUUACAUUUUUAUAUGGGACGUUGUCAUACGAUACGACCAAAAAUAUCACUUAAACGAGCAAGUAAAUCGGCCGGCUACUCGAUCAUGUUAAAACAUCAUCUCACCAAGGAUGAAAUUAAAACGGGAUUCUUUGAAAAGCCGCCUGGAUGGCAUUUAUUUUUGCACGAUAUGAGAGAAAAUUUCACAGAGAUUAAUAUGAAAGCUUCAGGUCGUGUGGAAUAUGUAUUUGCCGAUAUAAAUGAGGAUAUAGAAAUAAAACUCCAGAGUCAGUAUUUUUCCAAUAUUGAAACGAAACAGCUGUCUUGUUCAAGAAAGCAGGGUUACAGUGAUUUGAAGUGUGGUGAAGUUUGUAUUUGGCAUGAACUGGGUAGAAAAACCAAUUGUUCCGGCCCCUGGAUGCAUGAUGCACAUGUGCCCUAUUGUUCGACUUACAAAUCCAUGAUGAAACUUAUAGGCGAAUAUGGAAAGGUUUAUGACAGUGACGAUGAUGCCGACUGUGAUUGUGUACAACCCUGUGAAUCGAGAAUAUUUUCCGCCUACAUUCAAAAUCGUAAAACAUUUAAUUAUGCCGAACCCAAUACUCAAGUUUAUAUUUAUUAUACAACCAAAUUAAUAUCCAUGAUCGAAGAACGACCAAGUUAUGAUACAACACAAUUUAUAGCCGAUGUUGGUGGAUCUUUGGGUUUUCUAUUGGGUCUUUCGGUAUUGGGCUUAAUUGGUAUUUUGGAACAUAUAACACUUUUACUAUGCGGUGGUGUCAUCAAGAAAAUGCAGCAUAAAAACGAAAAACGCUUAAAGGUUAAUGAGGAAUUGGACAAAGAUUCCGAAACUACUGUUGAUAUCGCUACUAUUUAUAAAGCUACAUAUUAA